AGAAGGCUCCCCACCAGGACCAGCCUGAGCUCUGUGGGAUAUCAGGACCCUCUCUAAGGACAUUUACCGGAGGCCUGACGCUGUGGCACCACCCAGGAUGGACAGUGUCUCAGGGGAUUACAGCAAACGCGUGUACCAGGGCGUGAGAGUGAAGCACACCGUCAAAGACCUCCUGGCAGAAAAGCGAUCCAGACAGACAAGUAACUCCAGACUCAACGGCAGUGUCAGCUCCUCCCAGCCUCCAUUCGUCCAGAUGCCAGGAUCGCCAGUCAUGUCAGGUUACUACGGUGUCAGGAGAUCUUUCCUGUCUGACUCCGACUUCCAUGGCGGCAAGCAGUUCUCAAACGACCUCUAUCCCUCCGGCGUGACUAAGCCCUUUGCCUGUGAGUCCUCAGCAGGACAGAGUCACCCAGGCCUGCUGGAGUCCUACCUGGCUGAGCCCUACGGAGACUACCGCCCACCGGCGCUGACCUCCGCACCGGGGUCCCUGUUCAGCACCUCAACUCUGCCACCGCUCCUGCCACCUCCGUUCCCCAGCGAUCCAACUCACUUCGUGUUUAGAGACUCCUGGGAACAGACGGUGCCGGAUGGGCUCAGCCAACCAGACCCUGUGCCUGCUGAGGUCCUGCAGACCCUGCCACCUAGCACCAGCUGCCUCUCCCAGCUGGAGUCAGGAAGCAGCAACCAACACAGGAGCAUGGGAUGGGGAUCGUCCCUUGCUGGGGCUCAGUCCUACUCGCUGCAUUCACUGGAAGAUCUGCACCACACGCCAGGGUACCCCACCCCGUCUUCAUACCCCUUCACUUCCUUCAUGACGGUGUCAAAUGACCUCCCAUCCAAGGGGGUCCCCCUCUCCCCAGAGGAGGGGUCAGACACCUCUUCCCUUCAUGAUCCUUCACCUUGGACAAAAGAAGACGGUAGCAUGGCCUGGGGCUCUUACGAAUGCCGGAGAGCUUACUGAGACUGCAGGCCAGGGGACUUCUGCAUCCUUACGGAAGUUGGAUUCUGUGCCCACAGAUUCUUCUAGGUGUGCUAGCUCAAUCAGAACUGGAUUUUCCGUUUAAGUCACAACUCUGCCCAGUGCUAGUUGACAAUGGCCUUUAUCCCUGCUCUUCCCGUCCACUAUAACACCUCUGCAAAACACUACAAUGUCAAUCAAAUAUUUUUGUGGCUCACAUUCUUAUGAGACAACCUUCCAGGGAGGCCACUUUAGAACUUCGCUAACCCAUUCUAUUCUGAAUUUUCUGCUAUCUUUGAAGCAUCAU